AUGGCAGGGCGAGGAAGAAAGAGAAGAAGAGAAUGUGAAAAUGGAAAAGCUGCAGCCAAAAACUAUCAUCCUCAAUCUCAUAACAAUAACACUGUCCACCACCAAUCUUCUCAGGACUAUCCAUUUUCUCCUCCAUUGUGUUCUAGAGGAGUAGUCCUCACUUCGCCUCCUUUCUCCAAGAAACCAUUCGGAAGCCCUAGCAUUAAGACUCCGGACAACUCGAAACCAAUAUUAAUCAUAACUCUCGAUGAAGACGACGAGCUGCACCAUCAUGAGAAAGCCAAGGAAACGAGCGUGGAAGUCAUUUCAGAAAUUCCCGGAUCAUCACCUAUCAAUGGCGCCUUUGAAUACGUAGACGGGCACUGGGUGAAGACAGAAUCAGCCCCUCUGCUCAGAGCUAUCUUCGACAAAUAUGGCAACAUCACAAAGGACACAGAUGUCAAGUCCCCUUACCAUCUCUCCAUCUUCCUGGAACGGCUCUGCCAUGUCUACCAAAGGCUGGAGUGCGUUGAUCUCACGCGUGCAGAGCUUCAAGGCAUCACCUCUGAACUCCGCCUUUUAGAGGCGCGCAAGAUAAGUGUGGGAUGGAUUCUUGAGAGGGUGGAGAAUAUAUCUCAGAGCUUCCAAGAUUGCCAGCGCGCAGCUAGAUUUGAUGCAUUGGAGAAGGAUUUGGAAGAGUAUGAAAGACAAGUUUGUUUGCUGCAGCAGAAAAUCUCAUCAACAAAAGCAGAGUUGUUGAUGCACAAGCCCAAAAAUGAUCAAGUCAAAGAAGGUGGUGGGGAUAUGGAUAUCUAG